UAAAUCCUAUUCCCAGCUGGGGCAGUAGACUUUCAGUAGAUCCCAGGUCGGUAAGAAAUGCAAACGGGCGCUCUACAUUACAGAAACUGCUGCUACCCUUUCCAAUUUCUCACGUCCUCAUCUAUUCUCACCCAAGUUUUGCACCUGUGAAGCUCCGUUUUGGUCAUCACUUCCAAACUCAGAGCUGCUCUAGAACAAAAUUCAGUACUUUCAUGAGGAUAUUUAUAUUAAACUAGGCUAAAAAACAGAAAGUGGAAUCGAAGUGUUUGUAUAUUCUUUGGGUCUACUAAAAGAAUCUGACAUCUAGAGGAAAAACAGUUCAGUUGCUUUUUGGGGAUCUGUUCUGCCCACUUUGAUGACUGGGGUGCAUCCGGCAUAGGACUGACUAUAGGAGACUGGAUCUUGGAAAGCAAAAUUAGCAAUUAGGGUAUCCUGCUGAAAGAGAUUAUUUUCAUAAGUAGACUGAGCUGUUGUGACUUUUGUGUGGAUGGAUGACACUGAGAAUGAUGCUACAAACACGGGGAGGACAAGCGAUGAUUACGGGUCACCUGAUAAUCAAAAGCAUCCUCAUGAUGAAGCCGAAUGGGAUGAUAAUACAAAAAAAGACAAUGACGAGGAGGAGGAGGAAGAAGAAGAGCAUGAGGAGGAAGAUGGUUAUGAGGACAAUGGAGAUUCAAAAAAGUAUCAGAAGAACAGGAGGCUGAACAGCUUGUUAUCUGUUUAUGAGUUGGCGCCUCAGGCGCCUUCUCUUGGUGACUGGUCCGAGCACGAGACAUUCAUUUUACUAGAAGCUUGGGGCCAUAGGUUUGUUAAACAAGGGAGGAAAAGCCUUCUGUUCGAUGAAUGGCAAGAACUUGCAAAAGAAGUGUCUCAAUACUCCAAAGUUAAGAGGACAGACACACAAUGUAGGAACCGUUUGGAUACAUCAUCAUUUUCAUCAUUUUCAUUUACCCCAGUGCCGCAAAGGCUCCCACCUAUGGUGGGGUAAGGGGGGGUCGGAUGUACGCAGUCUUACCCCUGUACUAAAGCACAGAGAGAAUGUUUCCGGAUGACCCAUAGUGAAAAUCGCGUCCAAGAUUGCAUGGACUGACUGCUGCUCCAUAACAAAGAAGCGCAGACAGUUUAGUGAGCCAUUUUGCUUUAUUCCAUCAUAAUCUCAAGCCAAAAAAUAAUGAAUCUUUGGCUCCAUUGCAAAUGAUGGAAAAACCGUUUGGAUACACUGAAGAAGAAAUACAAACAGGAAAAGAUGAAGUUUGGAGAUAGCAAAAGUGUGUUGGGUAGGUGGGUAUACUUCCGAAAGAUGGACGCAUUACUUUCUCCAAACCAUAAACAGCAAGGAGGAGACCUUUCUUGUGGCGUGAACGUAAAAUCUCAUCUAUGUGAAGCUUUUAACAGCAUGGACGUGAUGAGGGGCAGUCCAAUUUCGGAAAAUUCAGAGGGUCUUCUUCUGAAAAGAACAAAGAAAGGACAAACAAGUAGAGGGGAUGAGUCGUCUUCCUUUAAACUACUGGUGGACUCUAUCCAUAAAUUUAGUGAGAUAUAUGAAAAGAUUGAGAGCAGAAAGACUCAACAGUUGCUGGAAUUGGAGAAAAUAAGGAUGGACUUCCACAGAGAAUUGGAAGCACAGAAGCUGACAGAUGCUUGAGCUAGCAAAGGAUGAAAUUAUGAAAAUCGGGGAAGGUGAUUAUGAUGCCUGAGCAUGAGUGGUUUUAGUAGAGUAUAUUUUAGCAUUCUACGUAGUAUUUAGGAUCGUAGUUGUUAGGACUUGGGGUAUAAUUAUAUGAUGACGAUUGUGACUCAAACUUUUCAUGAGGAGUCAUUAUAGAAUUAGCUUGUAAGUAAUAUUAGCAAUUAGCAUGCAGCAGCAUUACUUUAAGAGCCUGUUUGCAGUUUGCUAAGAUGAAAAUAUGCCAG